UUUGAUGUUUAGGAAACAAGAAAGUUGCUUCUAAAGGUUGGAGAACUGUUUGAGUUUCCGAUCAGAUAUAUUAGCUUGGAGGAGAGGGGUGGAGGAGUCCAAGGGAAUCAAGUGGUCAGAUACUCCUCUAUAUUUACCCAGCAGAGAGAGGAGUUCAUUCACAAGAUAUCGUGGCAAACAGAUUUAGCGAAGUUUAUCAGUAAAGUAUCUGAAUCUGAGGGGGUGAUGCGCCCUUCUACCCCCGGAAAAUGGGGUCGUCAUGUUCAGGAUGAGUCUGAAAAUGUAGAUGAAGGAAUUGAAGACGAAAGGUUCUAUUGUGAUGCUUGUGGAAGAUCUUUUCUGACAGACGGGAUGUUACAGACACACAUCAGUAUUGUACACUCGGUUCGACCCACAGACUUCAGAAAAAUUUUCCCUUGCCCGUUCUGUAACAAGAGAUUCACCUUCAGACCUAAUGUGCGUAAGCACGCCAAGCUGGUACACAGGAAACCGAUUGAACAAGCUGUGUCCCCUGUCCCUCCUGCUGGUUCGGUCAGCCCCACUGAUUUUUCACCUUCUGUAUCCCCUGAGCCGGAUAAACUGGCCGCUAGAGCAACCAAGGGUAUGAGUCAAGAAGGCCCUAUGGAGGCACUAUGUAAAGUUUGUGGUAAAUUCUCUAAGAAUAAACGAGGAUUGGUUCAACACAUGCAGGUUCAUUAUGGACGCGUGUUCAAAUGUGAGGUCAGGGGGUGUAAAGGAAGUUUUACAGAACGAUCUAAAUUACGUCGACAUAUGGUUGUUCAUACCGGGGAGAGGAAGUUUGAAUGCCCGCUCUGCAAAACUAAAUUCUCAUUAAGGCACAAUUUAAAAGUGCACUUGAAAAUUCACGAACGAGAUGAGAAGGAUGGAAGAAAACUGACUAUCAUGGAUCAAGAUGUGGCGGUUGACUUGAAGGAAUCCAAGAAAAUGGGGAAAACCUCACAAGUAAUGGCGGAUGUUGACAUGAGCCCAACUACGGAGGAUAUUGAGAUGUUUAUUGCAGCUAUGGAGGGAGAACCUAUACAAAUAUAAUCCUAAAUCAAUAAUCAUUAAAUAUUUAUCAAGGCUUCUAGAGAUAGAAACUUUUGAACAGACAGAAUCAUUCAAACUUAAUCGUCCUUUGAGGAGAAAAUGAGCUAAGCUUAUUCCAUAAAAUUCAUAUUUAUGGCUAAUUGACCGAUGCAAAUACAUUUUUAAUUUUCUUUAAACAUUUUUAAACUCUCUGAAGUAUUUUAUAGUGAAAUUUUUAAUUUUGUCAAAGCUCAAAUUUUCAAAAUUCCUUUUUUACCGAAUUUUGCAAUGCGCGCAAAAUAUUAAACAUCGGAAUGCGUUAUUUUUGAUCUGAAAAUAAAGGCGGAAAGCAUUAGUUAAGUUGAUUAUGUACAACGUGCAUUAUUUUACUUCUUUGUACCUGGUUUAAAGUAAUAUGAAAUAAAUAAACUUGUACCAGUUUUGA